AUGCUACGGCCAUUCCGAUUCCUCGACUUGCCUGUCGAAUUACGACUCAUGGUAUACAGCCUCAUGCCAAACCACACCAUUCGUGUCCGAUACGUCAACUUCAGCGAAGACAGAAUGACCACGAACAGCUUCACUCUUAUCACGUACACAGCGCCCACAGCCAUCCUCGCUACAUGCAAGACCAUCAACAACGAAGCCACAGAUAUUAUCCUCAAGACAACACAACAGCUUCUACCGGGCCAAAACGCCAUGGAGAUAGCUCCCUUUAUCACUGGCGUCACACCGCGGAUCGAAACCGACGCUUCAAGUCUGCGAAUAAUCGGAGACGAGAAAGGGCCUAUCAGAGCGAUGUUCGACUGGUUUUCCACCCUCCGGACAGAGGACUACGAUGAUUUCGACGCUUCUCUCCCGAGAUACACAUACGACGCAUAUGACUUCCUCACCAGUCACAGAUACAUAAUGGAGGGAGGUACGCUGGGAGAAUCAGUCCGUCACCUCGUCAACUUCAUCUGCAAAUCCGGACUCGUGUUUCGAACUCGCCGCCGAACGACCUUGGUGCUGGAUAACAGGUCGCAUGCGCUUCAUGUUGCGUUGACUGCGGGUGGCGAUACCGAGAGAGAUAAGAGGCUUGCAGUAGAGGAAUUCUAUAAAAUGAUAGGGCCCCGGACAUCCAAACAGACGGGGGGUAACUAUGUCAGAAUCUCCACACUCGCAAAUGUACCAAGGGCACAUUGGCAAGCUAUCUGCCGGUAUAUCCUGGGUAGAGAGUGGGGGCGUCGUCGGGUUAUUGACGCUCAGCGGUGGUCUGGAAAGAGGAAGAACGUUCCUGAGGAAGCAGCGCUUGUGUUUGGUUCCUCCAACCUGGACGAAGACUAUGGAGAAGUCUACGACAAGUUUUGGAGGGAAGGAGAAUGGGAACUUUGA